AUGCACACCGACAACGACGGCGCGGCCCUCGACAACAACGACGGGGUCGCGGCCGCCCUCUCCUAUCCGGCGUGCCUCGAUCUCUCGCUCGACGAGUUCAAGGCGGCGUGGAAGUCGAGUCGGCGGUACGUGGAUCGCUCCACCGUGCAGGCGCUCAAGGAGGCUGCGCGUGCAAGGUUGGACAUGUCGCUCGACGAGCUCAUCGCGCUGGGCAAGCCCACGCAGAGCGGCCCGCAUCCGCGCCGCCGACCGCCGACGCUGCGCGAGCUCAUGUCGGGCAAGGUGAGCCUCGGGCGCGACCACCACUCGCGCCCGAGCCCGCUCGCCUCGAUAGCCCGACAGUCCUCGCUGGCCCGCGCUCGUGGGCUGGCCAGCGCCGGCUCCGCGAGCAGCUGGCCGACCGCCGGCACGUGGGCGCUCGGCGAUGUGCUCGGCGACGAGGACCGGCGGCACGAGUUCAAGCGCGGCAACCUGCUCGCCUCCUGCCCGCGGGGCAGAGCCAAGUACGAGGCGUGCGUGUGCGGCUUUGCCAACGGCGGAGGCGGGCGGCUCUACCUCGGCGUCGACAACGACGGAGCGGUGGCCGGCCUCUCCCUCUCCAAGAGAGACAGGGACGCGCUGCGACUGACGCACGACGGCAUCGUCGCGCGGACCGACCCGCCGCUGCGAGGAGGCCUCGUCAAGCUCGACUUUGAGCCCGUCUCUGCGGCGCCGCACGACACGUACGUCGUCAUGGUGACCUGCGUGGUCGUCUACGUGUUCAGAAACACCAGCGAGGCGAGGGUGAAGGGGUAA